UCCUAUUGGGCAGUAAGGGGAUUAAAUAUUGUUUUCCAGGCGCCGACAAAUCAGAAAUGGCGGUUGCAAGGAUAACCGACCUUUUCCCCCAUAAAUCUCAGACAGAAGAGCAUGUUAAUGAAUAAAUGGAAGUAAUUAGACAUGGAAGACAGAUGAGGCGGAUCAGAAGCAGUGGCAGCAAUGCAAAGCAAGCAAGUAGGCGUAAUUAAUGAUAAUGUAAGGGGGAAGACAGUUCAGUAUUAGCUAGCUAAAUUAAACACUCAUGGAUUUAAAUUAAGUACAUUUGUAAGAUUCUGGGAACCGCCGACCUUUCUCGGGGACGGCAAGAAUGACAGCCUACAGACAGAAGGUUAUUAUUAGUAUUGUAUUAGUGAUCAUGCAUGGAAUCUUGUAUCCAUCUUAGAAUCUCACUUAUAUACAUCUCUACUGUAUGUGUUAAGGAAUUCGUGAUUGAUGCAUGAUGAAUGAUGAGGCGUAUUAUUGUUUUACUAAUUUGUUUUCGCCAAAAUUAAAUUAUUUGUUGAUAUUUUUCGUUGGGUCGGCCAAGUGGCAAUGUGAGACGCUCUAGCAGUGGUGGAGCUACGUGUAGUUCAUGAAGGGUUAAAGUCUCCCUCAAAUUUUCAUCGAAGUUUUUAUCUAAAUUACUCAAACAAAGAGUUACGUCGAUAGAGAUGUAGCAUAUGUGUAAUAAAUGUUAAGGGAUUGAUUCUCUUCUUCCGAUGUGGACAUUCGGAUGUUCCCUCUUUUUCUAAACUACUAUUGAUUCGAUCAACUGCCUAAUUUCGGGAGCAUUCACGUAACCGUUUGACACUUGACUGAUCACGCUUGUAUUCACAACUUAUGUAAUUCAAAAAUAAGAUAUAGUUGAUUUGUGCAAGCUUCAAAUCUUAGUAGAUCGAGCAUAAAGUUUCCAUUUAAAUUAAGGCGUGAGUUAAAGUUAAGCAAACUAAUAUUUGAUUAAUUGUUUAGAUAUUUAUAGUCCUAGUUGUAACUAGUUAACUGCUUUUGUGUUUGAAGUGUGUUUGAGGGAUGGGAUAAACAUAGUUAUAAGUUAUAAAGCUAGACAGAAAAUCUGGUGGUAGUAAAAUUUGGAUGCAAAUCUCGUAGAUUAGGGUAUUGUGUAAUAGUUCAAGGUAGAUUAUAGAAGAUCACCACCACGACCAAAUUUGGUUUGAUUUGCCUGAGAUACGAAGGUAAGAUCGAUGAGGGGAAAUUCGAUGAGAUUUCAGGAUUAACUUGGAUAUGGUAAUCAGAUUUAAUAAGACCUAUUUGCUUAAACUAAUUAAAAAUAAAAAGUAAUGCAUCAAAACCUAUGACCACGAAAUUUCGGUUUCCUACAAGGUCUUCUUCUUGUUUGCAUAUGCUGCAUUUGAAUUUAAUUUAAUAACCACCACCAUAGAGCCAAUUAUUCGAUUGUUGAUACGGUGGAGAGAGGCUGGUUUUGGUCGCAAUAUCUUUGAAAAUCCAGUUUGUUUAAGAAAUUGGUGUUUGUUUUGAGGUAAAUAGGAAUCGUAUAUACCAAAAAAUAGGAAUCGUAUAUACUUUUUUAUAAUUACAAUAAAUCAGUUGUACAAAAAUACAUCGAUUUCAAAAAUUCAAUAUGGGUAAUUUUUUUCCUAUUCGUAAAAAAGUUUUUUCCUAGCUCAAAAAGUUAAUUUUGGAUAAAAUCUCUUUGAUAUUGAAUUUUUUUAAUUGCACAUAUUUCGUGUAACACGUUUGACAAAUCUCACAUCGAGAAAGUACGGGAAGAUCAAUGAUUCAUAAGUAAAAAGCCGACAUUAACUGACAAGACUCGUUUGGAGGUGAAAUGAAAUAGUUCUUGUAAGAACUCUAAAAUUAUACGUGUUCACUUUGUCCUAGUAUAAUAUUGAACAACCUCAUAAGAAAUACAUUUAUAUUUAUAUGUAUUCUAAGACAAAAUCCGUGAAUAUCUACACAAAAAUUGUUGGGAAAAAGUUUCGUGAUAUCAAGGAUUAUAUUUACUUUUAAUUUUCUUUUCCCAUGUAGUCAUGGGAAUUGAAGUUGCGUGCUCAACAACCUUGUGCAUCCCACUUGGCUACCUCUUCUGCCUGUAGCAACCAAUUUCUAAAACCUUUUCCCCUUCGUAUCACUUACUUAAUGCAAAUUUUCUUAAAAGGAAGAAAGGAUUGUCCUGAUCUCUUUUCUUUCGACAAGAUUUCCAGAGAAGAAUCUCAUUGUGUUGUGAAAAGAAAAGACAAAUACAGGCAAUUGAGGUAAACGAGAACAAACUUCACGUACAUAAGAUGGCUCCAAAUCACCAAUUUUCUGGAUCGAAGACACCUUGAAAUGAGCAGCCAAAUGCAAAGACAGGUGUUGCUCCUUGAAAACCAGCCAUAACAGCAGCAGUAUGGCCGGCGGUGCUAAUUCGGUUGGUCAGGACUCAGAACUUUAUAAAUAAGACCUCGUCUUGGAAAGAAGAAUGGCAGUUUAUUAGUCAUUGUUCCAGACUUCCAGUGUUUGCUGCAGUGCCCCUCUCUCUGGUAAGUCCUAUAUAUGUACUGCACUGCACUGCACUUUACCCCAGCAGCUGCCAGAAGGGAACCAUUGUACCUGAAUAUUGCAAUUGAAAACUCAACAAGUGGAAAAGAAAUUAAAACAAUAUCCACAGAAAAUACAAAAGCCCAUGCUGCCUGUAACUAGAUAUAAGUAAUAAAAUUACAAAUAAUAAAUGACAAACGCCCACCCUAGCCUUAUUAAUUUAAUAUUAAACAGUGCUAGUAAACUAUCAAAAUGGUAAGCAAAUAAAUACAUAAACAAAUACCCCUCCCAUGACUUCAUCACGGAAUUAAAGAAAUAGGGGGAAAAAACAUUAAAUUGCCACCUCAGCAAAGGUUCAUGAACCCCGAAUUUCCCCACACUUUCCCUCUCCGCUUCUCCCUAUAAAUACUCCUCUCCACCUGUCCAGUUUCCUCACCUCUGGCUCUCAUCAUCACCUCCCACUCUCUCUCUACUUUCCCCCCAAAUCAAAUCCCCAAGCGAUAGAGCUUAGAGAGAGAGAAACCCCAAACAAACAAACAAAUUAAUCUAAUUCCAAUUCCACCAUAUCCAAAAAUGCCUGCCGCUCCACUCAAUUCCUCACUCGUCACUCUCCUCUCCAAAUGCACCGUCGUCCCCGACCAGAAAUCCACCAUGCCCGACCUCAAGCUCUCCGCCUCCGACCUCCCCAUGCUCUCCUGCCACUACAUCCAAAAGGGCGCCCUCUUCUCCCGCCCUGACUUCCCUUCCGCCUCCCUCCUCCUCCUCCUCCAAUCCUCCCUCGCCCACACCCUCUCCCUCUUCCCCCCACUCGCCGGCCGCCUCUCCACCGACCCCCACACCCACCACGUCUACAUCGCCUGCAACGACGCCGGCGCCGAUUUCAUCCACGCCGCCGCCCCCCAGAUUUCCCUCUCCCAUAUUCUCGGCUCGGUCCGGGGACCCGACUUCGUCAACGGCUUCUUCUCCCACGACCGCACCGUCAGCUACCAGGGCCACCACCGCCCCAUCCUCGCCGUACAGGUCACCGAGCUCGCCGACGCCGUCUUCAUCGGCUGCUCCGUCAAUCACUCCGUCACUGACGGCACUUCUUUUUGGAAUUUCUUCAACACGUUCGCUCAGGUCGCCCGCGGAGUGAAGCGGAUCCCCUGUUUACCCGACUUCACCCGCGACGGCUGUCCCCUCAUGUCCUCCGCCGUCCUCCGCCUCCCUGAAGGUGGCCCACGUGUCACCUUCGACGAGACCGCGCCGCUGAGCGAGCGGAUCUUCAGUUUCACUCGUGAAUCCGUCCUCAAGCUGAAAGCGAUUGUUAACAAGGACAACGCCAAGUGGGUCGGGUCCGGGUUCGACCCGGUGGAGCUGAUGGGCAAGCAGAGCAACGACCCGUUUUAUUAUUCAAACCAACAAAAGAAGGUGCUGUCAAACGGCGUCGUUCUGCAGGAGAAGGAGAUCUCGUCGUUUCAGUCGCUCUGCGCGCUCGUGUGGCGGGCGGUGACACGUGCGAGGAAUUUGAGCCCGUCGAAAACGACGACGUUUCGGAUGGCGGUGAACUGCCGCCACAGGGUGAGCCCGAAGAUGGACCCGAUGUACUUCGGGAACGCGAUCCAGAGCAUCCCGAGCUACGCGGCGGCGGGGGACGUGGCGUCACGGGAGCUGCGGUGGCUGGCGGAGAGGCUGAACGAGAACGUGAGCGCGUACGACGACGCGAAGGUGAGGAGCGUGGUGUCGGAGUGGGAGGCGAGCCCGCGGUGCUUCCCGCUGGGGAACCUGGACGGGGCAUCAAUGACGAUGGGGAGCUCGCCGCGGUUCCCGAUGUACGACAACGACUUCGGGUGGGGCCGGCCGCUGGCGGUGAGGAGCGGGAAGGCGAACAAGUUCGACGGCAAGAUGUCUGCUUUCCCCGGAAGGGAUGGCAGCGGGAGCGUCGAUCUCGAGAUUGUUUUGUCGCCGGAGACGAUGGACGCCAUUGAAUCUGACCGCGAGUUCAUGCAGUAUGUUUCAAGCUGAUUAAUAUAAUAAUAUUUGACCCGACUGUUGUAGAGAGAGGAGUGGGCCUGGGCCGGUAGAGUGUUUGGGGAAAAUUGGGCCGGACGGUGAGGUGUAAUAUGCUGUUUCUGUUUUGUACCUUUGUGACAUAGCUUUUGUACUGAUGGCUGAUUUCUAAAUGGUGAAUUUCGGUUUCUCUUUACCGAGGCAGGCGUCCGUUUUCCUCAUGUUGAAUUUGGGAAGGAAUUGAAUUGGCCUAACUAACUAACAUAAAUAAGCGCAACUUGGCUCUGUUUGGGAGAGUAAGGGUUCAAUUCUAAUAAAAUAAAAUAAAAUAU